AUGACACCGUCCACGAUGGAGCUCCCUUUCAAGCUAACAGACGCCACCCUCUUCUCGCCCAAGUGCUACGUCCACGGGCAAUGGGUCGGCACGAAAUCCAACAAGACCUUCGACAUCGAAGACCCGGGAACGGGCAAGGUGUGGGCGUCCUGCCCGGACAGCGAGGCCCAGGACGUCGACGCGGCGGUGCAGUCUGCCCACGAGGCCUUCGGGCCGUACAGCAAGCUCACGCCCCGCAAGCGCGCGGAGCUUCUCAUGAGGUGGCACACGCUGAUCCUCGCGGCCCGCGACGACAUCGCCCGCAUCCUGGUCUACGAGACGGGCAAGCCCCUCGCCGAGGCGCAGGGCGAGCUCGACUACAGCACGGGCUUCACGUGGUGGUUCUCGGGCGAGGCGGACCGCGUCCAGGGCAGCGUGUUCAACAGCGCUGCGGCGGGGCGGCGCACCUUUGUCAUUAAGCAGCCCAUCGGCGUCGCCGCAGCGCUGUGCCCGUGGAACUUCCCCAUCGCCAUGGUGCUGCGCAAGGCGAGCGCCGCCCUCGCUGCGGGUUGCACCAUGGUCGUAAAGCCGAGCCCCGAGACGCCCAUCACGACGCUGGUGCUGGCGAACCUGGCGAGCCGCGCCGGGUUCCCGCCGGGCGUGCUGAACGUGCUGACGACCAGCCUGGACAACACGCCUGCCGUGGCCGAGGCGCUGUGCCUGCACCCGCUGGUCAAGAAGGUCACGUUCACGGGAAGCACGCGGGUCGGCAAGAUCAUCUCCGGGCUGUGCGCCAAGAACCUGAAGAAGGUGACGCUCGAGCUCGGCGGGAACUGCCCGUUCAUCGUCUUCGACGACGCGGACGUCGAGCAGGCGCUGGGCCAGCUGAUGACGCUCAAGUGGAGGCACGCCGGGCAGGCCUGCAUCUCCGCGAACCGGCUGUUCGUGCAGGCCGGCAUCCACGACAAGUUCGUCGAGGCCCUGGCGGCCAAGACGAAGCAGCUCAAGGUCGGGCACGGCAUCGAGGACGGCACCACCAUGGGGCCCGUCACCACGCCGCGCGGGCUGGACAAGGCCGAGCACUUGCACUCGGACGCUGUGUCGAAGGGGGCCAAGGUUGUCAUGGGCACGGGGAAGAGGAAUGAGGGCGUGAACGGUGCGACGGGCUACUUCAUGGCGCCGACCAUCCUGACGGGUGUGACGGACGAGAUGGAGCUGGCAAGAGACGAGAUGUUCGCUCCGGUCCUCGGUAUCUUCAAGUUCGAAUCCGAAGAUGAGGCGGUGAAGAGGGCCAACGAUACGAGCAUGGGCUUGGCGAGCUAUGUCUUCACAAAGAAUGUUGACCGUCUGUGGCGGAUGUUUGAGAAGUUGGAGGCUGGGAUGGUCGGUCUGAAUACUGGCAACCAGUCUGCCGCUGAGUCCCCAUUCGGGGGCAUCAAGGAGAGCGGCAUGGGGAAGGAGAGUGGCAAGGAUGUCGCGAUCAACGAGUUCUUGAUUCAGAAGACCGGGACGUUGACGCUGCAGGAUCACUACUGA